AUGAAUCCGCUACUGCAUAAUCAGGACGACCAUACGUCUCGCAAAGAUGCAAAUGCCCUCCCAGGAUGGUUCGGCCGCAAUAGCCAGAUCAUAUUCAUUGCAGCUGGUCAGACGACGAUCCUUGUCUCAGGAUGGAGUUUCUUAGCAUCCAUAGUGUAUUUUAAGUACAUCGCACUGCCAGACCAUGUUGCACACUAUGCAUACUUAUGGCAGAGUGAGACAACGUUCAUUGUAGGCUUGGUAGCUUCUGCGUUCGCCUUCAUAUCUAUCUGGAUAUACUCCCUUGCUAUUCGGUUGGCUCUCACCAACAGGCUUAUUCGAAACCCCAUGUCGCUACAGUUCCUUGAUUUUUCUAUAAAGAUAUCUAGGGGCAGCUUGUUCUUCGAUAGAAAACACCAGGCAUGGGCGUGGGGCUCAGCGAUGGUAUGGUUGGCGGUGGUAAGCUCGACAGCGGGGUGGACGUCCCUUCUGAACCCAAAGACGAUAUUGCUUCCUGGGUCUGUCGACGGUACAGAGCUGGACCUUGGCAGUGAACCAUUCGCCCAGUAUGCGCUCCAAAAUAUGUCGCCAGCAAUAGGCACGGAAAACUCCAUUGCUUAUACAUUGAAUAAUGCCUUAGAAGUGAUGGACAUAGGCACCCUCAGUGGUAAUUCUGCCGGAGGAGCGCGACUAAGAUUGCCCAGCUUCUUCAAUUUCAAUGGAGCGUCUUACAACCUUUCUACUGGAGGUAUACUUCCCGCCAUUCCAGAAUUUGCCGAAGAGGGCAGCAUGCCGACAUUCACCGGGUUUGCAUUCUCUGGGGGUUCAGUCUUGAUGAACACAACCGUAGACAACUUUAACCUUGCUGGCAUGUCGCGGAACUUUACCGUGAACCAGCAAGGCCUCACCGCGAAUGUUUCCUGUUCUCAACAGGACUUGGACGAUCCGUCGCCAUUUUCCCUUGUCAGCACAAGUGUCUCCUAUGCUCCUCCAAAUUCCGUGGCGGGAUAUACCGCGGGAUAUCUUUUCUGGCUUUCGAGAGCUAAUUGUAGCUACAGCGCAGCAAAGUUGAACUAUUUCGAUCAGAACUACAUUACUCUUGUUGACGACUGCGCUGGAAGUGGGUUCCUACCGGUGAUAUCCUGCCCAAUGCAAGACGCAUCAGGCCCAAACAACAAUAGUUUUACAAUCGUGAUGAGAGGGGAAUGCAAGUACGACUUCAUUCCACCCACCAUCUGCGAAGUGACGCCAAUCGUGACGGAGGUAGCUGCUGAUUAUAACAACGGUAUCAUUACCUCUCAGAGCCCGUUGAGCUACUAUGCUCUAGGCGGGUCUAACCCAGCAGCGUUGUCAUUCAUUGUUGGGAUAACUGAGUGGAUCGGCGCCCGUGCCCAGGGAACUAUUGGAAACUCAAUCGGGGACUCGGUUUUCCUCAUCAAAUCCACUCAGAAGCUGGAUUCUACUACUUCGAAUGCAACCACUAAUAUGAUAUUGGAGGACUACUGGAGGGGUGUUGUUGAGUUUGGAGGCACGUUCAUCCGUUCCGGAUUUUCGGCGGAAGGUACAUUUGAAAAUGACAUCAUCCCUCCCAACAUGACGAGGGCCGUGCACGGAGAGUCUUACGUACUCACGAUGGGCUGGUCGUAUCAGCCUGCUGGAACGCUUGUCACACUUUUGCCGCAAACAGUCAUCGCGCUUCUUACAUUUGUUGUUCUUGCGAUGACUGGUCGCAAUACUGGUGCCCUCCGAAACCGGUUUGACCCGACGGACGUCAACGACGUCAUUCUUUCUACCACCUCAAACAGGGCCGGACUCGCAGGUGUACCGGUAGGAAAGUUGAAACAGGAUAGAAUUGAGAAGGAAAAAAUUCAGCUAGUGGAAGACGAUGGUAGAACAGCACUAAAGCUGAAAUAUUAG